UUUUUUUUUUCCGGAAGCGGAAGCAUUGCACUUGAAGUUUUGGAAUAGUUUUGGCAGAUGAUUCGGUGCGCCAGAUACUUUGUAACUAUCAGCGCGCGAUCAUCGCCACGUCCCGUUGAGAUGGUGAACCGUCCCCCACUGUAGUAUCCCGUCCGAGCCAAGGACAUGGAGGAGUGCGAGUCCCCCCCUGCCAGAUUCAAGAGGAGGGCCUGGGCUCACAGCCGAGACUCCUGGCAGGCUUCUGAGUCUCAGGACCAGGGCGCAGAGGAGCCGCUGUCUGCCCAGCCUAUGGAGGACAAGACUUCGACAGCCUCGGAAACAGGUCGUAAACCAAAUCAAGUAGAGAACUGGCUCAGGACCUGCAGGACUCCUCUCGGGGCCUCUUUGGAUGAACAAAGCGGCAGUCCAUCCAGAGGACCAUUAAAGAAUGGCUGUAGCUUUGAAGAUGACCUGUCCCUGGGAGCUGAGGCCAAUCACCUCCAGAACAGUAGCGCAAAAACAGCGGCCAAUGGCUAUGAAAUCGCAGCCGAGGCCAAAAGGUGUCAGUUCAAGCAGAAGGGCAGAAGUAUGAACUCCACAGGCUCUGGAAAGAGCAGCACCACCGUGUCCAGCGUGUCAGAACUUCUGGACCUGUAUGAGGAGGAUCCAGAGGAGAUCUUGUACAACCUCGGCUUUGGGCGUGAGGAGCCCGACAUCGCCUCAAAAAUCCCUUCUCGUUUCUUCAACGCGUCUUCUAGCGCCCACGGCAUCGACAUCAAAGUUUACCUGGGAGCCCAGAUACAGCGUAUGGAGCUGGAGAACCCAAACUAUGCCCUGACAAGUCGGUUCAGACAAACCGAGGUUCUGGCCACGGUGGCAAACGUCUUCUCUGAGAUCUACUCCCAAGUGUCUGGAAGACCCAUGGAGAGAAUCGGCAGCGGCGACGCAGAGGCCAAAAUCCCCUCUCCAUUCAAAAGGAAUAAUUCCGCUCUAAAUGCAGCCAAGAUUCUAAAACGGAACAUUACGAAACAGAACCUGCUGGCUUCUGCCAUGGAAGGAGCGGCCAGACAGCUUUCAUCGCCUGACGCUGACAACACAGAAGGUGCAAACUCUGAGGCACGGGAUACAGAGCACAAACUACAGCAGAAAAGCUUUAGGAAAAAAGAUUCAUCUCUGGCCACAGUGACGGAGGAGGCCCAGCAAAGUAUCUCAGAGGCUUUGGUCAACGGAGACGUCCCGGAAGCUUUGUCCAAGGACUCCACGUUAAUGAAUGGUGACCGCUCCGCUGAGACGCCAGCUCUGGAUAAAGACAUGCCACUUUCUCCCGUCCAGGUGAGCAUCAGUCAGGUGUCUGAUGAAAGUGACUUCAAGGAACUUGAUCGCCAGGAGACCAUCACUUCCACCCCGGAUAAAGAACCGUCCAACCUGCUGUCCAACCCACACAUAGCCCACCUACUCAGCCAGCCCAGAGACUCGUUUGAAAUGGAGGAGUUGCAGAGUAACGAGGAUGAAGCUCUUCCUGGUCCUGGAGGCAUGUCUCGAGCUGGCAGCGAGAGGUUAUUGAGGACUGCCAGCCAGCAGUCUGACAGCAGCGGGUUUGCAGAGGACCCAUCCACAGACGGUUCGGGUAAUCACCUGAAGGUACAAGAAAGCUCGGAUAGCUGUGACAGCGAAACCACAGUGACAUCUCAUGCAGGAGAAGUUAGCACGCCCAUAGCAUUGGAGUACCCCAACUUUGAGAGAUUGCAGGGUGAGGAAGCCCAUCCUCAGUCCAACAGAGGCCCAUUUAUCCAGAGUGUAGCCAACCGAGAAGUCCUUGAGAUCACCAGCCUGCAGAUUCCCAAUUCAGACUCUGACAAUAUUAGCACCAAUGGACCGCUCCUUUCUCCUGACUCUGAUAGAGCUUCCAUAGUUGAAUCCAGUUUCACCACAGACUCUCUAGAAGUGGAUUCGAGUACAAUGAUAAAUCCUACAACUGAUUCCAUCUUGGAUGAAGCUCAUGAAGGCAACACAUCCCAGCCUGGUUUAGGCUUAGACUCCUCUGAGGAUUUACGUUCAUCCUCUGGACCAGAUCUUCCAAACUCAUUGGACCUUGAGCAAUGCCACUCUACGACUCAAAGAAGACAAAUGGUCCUCCAAACAGCCCAUCAGAGGUCAUCCUCUAUGGAUGAGGAACGUCCCGGCCGAGUAUGGGUGAGGGACAGGAACCUGCUAAGGGAAAGCUUGGAGAGGAAUCCUUUAAGGAGAUCCAGCUCCCUCCCAACAUCUCCGCUCAGCCCAGCUCGAGUGGUCACUUCCAUGCGAAUCCAACUCGGAAAGGGUUCGGUCAAGCAUUGUACCCCACCCUCGUACUCGUACCGCUACGACGAGGAGACUCGCAGUGACCGAGAAGAAGUGGAUUCCAUCAUGGAAGAAGACGAAGUAGAUCAUUCUGGUGGCCAGACUACUCAUUUAAAUUCUGCUCUAGCAGGUUGUUUAAAGAUGGGCAGAGGAACGCCACCGCAACUUCUCAACGUACCCCAGCAUCUGACUCGCUCUUCCAGCUCGCUUUAUAGCGUCCCUGCAGACUGGCCUCAGAGGCCCUUAGGAGAAGGUCCAAACUGGAGCACAUGUAGCGUCCCAAACCUUAGUCAGUUUACAGGUCCGGGUCACCCUCCUCCUCCUCCACCUCCUCCUCCUCAUGGGUUCCUAUACUCUCCACAUCAAGGAGUGGCCUACAACUCCUCAUACCCUACCAGACUUCCCCACCACACUGUCUUCCCACAACCACAGAGCUCACCUUAUCCUCAGCCUCUUCAGAGUAAUACAUUUACUCCACCACAGGGGGCGCCGUUUACACCCCAGCACAAUAUGCAUUACGCUCAUCCUCACAUUGCACCUUACAGCCCAUUCUACUCACCUUAUAACGUUCCUCAGGGAGCUCCCUAUGGCAUGCACAGCAGCCCGUAUCAACCUCACAUCCCUCUCACACAAGCCCACAGCGCCCCCUACAGUCUGGGCUACAACGGUUCUCCUCAUCACCCUGCUGCCCCCUAUAGUCAUUCCUACUAUCCAUCUCCCCCCUACCCUUGCUCUGUUGAAAUGCCUCCUGCUCCAGUACCAGCGAUGGGCAGCACAGAGAUGCAGCUCAGGAGAGUCCUGCAUGACAUUCGUGGGACAAUGCAGAAUCUUGGUCAGAGCUCGUCCGUGCAUGGAGGGGACACACCCAUUGACAGGAUCAGUACACCAUGCUCUGUCCAACCGCUUUAUGAGGAGCUCCAGAUGCGGCGCAGAAGUCUGAAUGUCUUCCGGACUCAGAUGAUGGAUCUGGAGCUGGCUCUCAUGAGACAGCAAUCUAUGGUUUUCCAGCAUCUUAGUCCAGAUGAGAGGCGGGAGGCAGAACAACUUCAAGCGCUGCGGACUGCAGUCAGACAGGAGUUGCAGGAGCUGGAGCUGCAGCUGGAAGAUCGUCUGCUCUCGCUGAACGAACAGAUGCGCAGCAGCUCGCAGCACAGCAGCCUCUACCGACACCACAUGGGCAUGCACAGAGGUCACAGCAUGGAAAGCCUGUCUAAUUCCUCAGCACUGCGGGCCAUGGAGCCGGUGACGGACCUCCUGAAGGAGCAAUUGUACCUUCAAUCUGAACUGGGAUAUGAGGCUGUCACUCCCAGCUCAGGGCACUCAUCGAGGGCGUCCAGCCCAGAAAGACUCAACCGAACGCUCCAGUCUUGCUCUCCUUCUCCACAGAGAGGCAGCAUUUACCGGGCAACCCUUAAUCUCACACCCACAGUCCCUCCACGGCCUGGAAUGGAGGUCGCUCGACCCGUUCCUCCAGAGAGGAUGGAGGAGAGCGUGACACCUGCUUCCUUGGAGUUGAGCAGAGAUGAGGACGAGAUGUCACUGGAUGGUCGCAGGAGCAGGACAACAGAGGACUGCAGUCCCACAGAAUGGAGGAGUAGAAGUGGAGGGAAUGGUGACCUGCAACAUCUCAUACAGGAGAUUAAAGAAAGCAUCGCACAUGAAAUCCGGCAAGAGAUUGUGAAUGAGAUUCUGGCUGCAGUGUCACCGCAUAGAUCUCCUCUCCCAGCCAGGAAGCCCCCUGUCUAAGCAUCCUAACAGAGGAUGGAGGUGAAGAAGUAAAUCCUGUGAAAUAGUCACAAUGAACACUGGUUAAAGCUUUGCACUGAGAACGGCCCAGCACCUCUGGUUCGGUCUGUGAAGCCCUUCCAGACUCGACUGCUUCUGGACUUCAGAGCUGCAGGGAAUCCGCUUAUUUGAGUCCAGAUUCCACCUUUGCAGUGGCUGAGAUCGUCCGAAUCCGCAAAGGGCACGCAGCUUGUCGCGGUAUCAGUCUGGUACAUAUUACUGCAAUGCAAUGAGUCUUUUGGGAUGUAUUUAAGUAUGUGAUGCAGGUCUUGAUGGAUGUUUUCAGCGGUUGAAAAGAGUUGUGGGAGACUAAAGUUUUCUGUGUGAGUGUCUCUUUGUCUGUCUAGGACAAAAAUGUCUACUGUAAUCAGAUUGUUUUCUAAUUCAGCCUCUGUGAGGAACUAACUGUGCAAUACGUUUCACUUUUUUCUAUCAAACUUGAACUGACCAAUCACAACUACUGUUCUACUCAAAAUGCACACCGCUGUCUUCAUUUCCUGUUGAUAGUCUAUCACAUAUUGUAUGUAUAGACACUAAAGACACUUAAGCCUUCAAAACUCAUUCAUAAACAUUGUCCUGUGAGAAGAAAAAGCACUAAAAACUCUUUAUAUAUGCACGCGCAUUACCAUACCGAUAAAAUAUAUUUUUUAUUCUUGCAAACAGCAGUGGAUAGUCUGUGUUAAAUUAUGUGUUUGACUUAAUUUUCCUCAGCGUGAAUGAUUUUUUUUUUUUUUUUUUUUUGUCUAAGCUGUAAUGAACUGUAAUACUAAUUGAUUUUUGCGACAAAGGGAACAUGUUCCCUUUCCGCUUGGGAUGCAUGAGGGAUAAUCUUUAAUGCAAAUCAUUAAUAAAGAUUUAUUUAUUUUGUA